UUCAAUUGCUGUUUAUCGUGGCCCAUGUGAAAGCCCCUUUAGCCAUUUGUAGAUCAGCCCUCCACUUCUCAGCAGCGUCGCGCGCCCAAAUGAUCGCCAGAAUGGAGUGAACCGUGUGCGUGCGUGUGCGUGCGUGUACGUGCGCGUGGCGCCAGGGAAAUGCAGAGUGAGCCACGCAGAACACUACCAUAAUAGGCACAAGCUACCACGCGCACAGGCGAAGCCGCUUGAUAAAACACACUUACUGAAAGGAGGGCUUUGUAACUUCACUGUCAACGAGACUAAAAUGGGAGGCAAGCUCAGCAAAAAGAAGAAGGGAUACAAUGUAAACGAUGAGAAGGCCAAGGACAAGGAUGCCAAACCAGAGGGCGCAACAGCCGAGGAGAGCGAACCUCAGAACGACAAAAAGGACGAUGCCCCUGCUCCCGCCGAGACCACCGAGGUAGCUAAUGACACAAAGGAUGUGCCCGCAGCCAAUACCACGACGACCAAGGAGGAAGAAAAGGGUGCCUCCCCUCCCGCCAAGGAGCCGGAAAAACCUGCAGCGGAGCCCAAAGCGGAGGUGUCUAAGGCUGCGGAAGUCACCGACCCUGCCCCCAAAGCCAAGGAGAAACCAGCCGCCCCUGCGAAAGAGCCAGCCCCCUCCACUAAGGAAGCUGCCCAAGCUCCAGAGGUCAAGGCCCAGGCGCCUGCACCACCCGCAGCCCAGGCUGAAAGCAAAGACGAGGCCGACGCUAAAAAGACUGAGGCCCCGGCAGCACCAGCGGCUAAAGCCGAGGCGGCCCCUGUUGCCGCUGCCCCCCAGGCCAAGCCCACAGAAGCAGCAGCGGCAGCCCCGGCCAAGGAGGCCCCAGCUGCUAGUUCAACAGCAGCACCACUGGCUGCCACUGAGCCUGCUGCACUGGUCAAGGAGGCCAAUGCCACAGAGGCCCCAGUUCCAAGCAAGGAUCAAACCGUAGAAGUUCAAGAUUAAUGGACACCUCUUUUAAGAAAAUAAAUUGCAUUAAACAACAAAAAUGAAGUAAAAUAGAGAAAGAAUUUAAUAAAAUAGCCCACCCAUAUUAAUAUAAUAAUAAUAAUGAUUUGUUGGAGGAGGAGGAUUGUGACAACCUUGAGAAGGAUGAUGCUGCUGAUGCCGAUGAUUAUUAUUACUAUUAUUGUUAUGGUUAUUCUAUUUUUUCUGCUGUAGUAUUUGAACUUAAAUAAAAGUCUGUGUCAGCCAUAUGCCCCUCCAUUCCACAGCAUCCUUCCCCCAUCCAUUUCUGGGAUUCAGCAUUCUCCGCCUUCAUCUCGCUCACAGUCCUCUGAGACCUCUGUAGUCUGGAACCAUACACGUACAUUUCCCCUCGACAGUGUGCUGCUGAUGUCUGAAAACCAAGUGGAAAAAGGGGGUUGAAUCUAUUUACCAGCUGGACAUGCACUCUGUCUGUCCCAUCCUCGACUCGCCCCCUCCCCCAUGCCCCAAACUCGCUCCUCUCCAGAGUGCCGUGUUCUCUGCUACCGUACCUGGCACGUCUGUUUUGGCGCCAAGUGAGUUCCCUUUGCUGUACCCAUAGUCGGCAGUUUAUUUGGUAUUUUUGGGUUGUUCGUGCUGUAUAUGGUCACUCAGUUUCUUGCCGCCUGUUUCCCCACAGGUUCAUGCCUGUGGGGUACUUUGGAGGUACUUUGGAAAUUCUGAGACUUUCCUAGAGGUACAAUAUGUCGAUGCAUUCUUAGGCAUAUGAAAAUGCCCUAAGAAGUUUUUUGUUGUUUUUUUUACAACAUUCUUUUGCCUUCUUAGUUUUUCUAAGAAAAACAUUAGUUGUAGAUGAUCAGGACCGUUUUUGAUGCAUUUCUUAAAUGUUCCUAGAAAUCCUGAAAAGCUUUGUAGAUUGUUCUCAGACGUUCCAGCUCUGAAUUCGCAGACAUCGGGAAUUCUCAGUCCCUUUGGGCCACUCUGACUGCAGCAUAGUCUCUCUCUUCCUUACCCCCCCCCCCCCCCCCACUGUAUCUUAUUACAAUUGAAAAAUAAGACAUAUCAACUGUGUUUUAAGCAAUGUAACUCAAUGGCUCUCAGCCUAUAUCACAAAGGUGCAAUACAUAUACACUCUAAAAAGGGAUUGUGCCCAGCUGACAACAGUAGUAGUGUUGUCUGGGGAUGGGGGUUCUAAAUUAAUGAUACUGCAUGAGGCAUCUACAGCCUACUCAAGCUGCCAUGGUCCCUGUAACCAUGGCUACAAUGUGACAUGUUCGAGUAGUAAGAUGGAAGAAACCCGCACAAGGAAGGGAGUCUCUAAUCUUGUCAUCUCCACCCACCAUGCAUUUUUCCUCUUUCUGAUCAUAUAUGUAGGUAUACAGUACCAGUCAAAGGUUUGGACACCUACUCAUUCAAGGGUUUUUCUUUAUUUUUACUAUUUUCUACAUUGUAGAAUAAUAAGGAAGACAUCAAAAACUAUGAAAUAACACAUAUAGAAUCAUGUAGUAACCAAAAAAAGUGUUGAACAAACCGAAAUGUAUUUUAUAUUUGAGAUUCUUCAAAUAGCCAAACAGCCUUCAUGACAGCUUUGCACACUCUUGGCAUCCUCUCAACCAGCUUCACUGGUUCACUGGAAUGCUUUUCCAACAGUCUUGGAGGAGUUCCCACAUGGUUGGAUGCUUUUACUUCAAUCUGUAGUGCAACUCAUCCCAAACCAUCUCAAUUGGGUUGAGGUCGGGUGAUUGUGAAGGCCAAGUCAUCUGAUGCAGCACUCCCAUCACUCUCCGUCAUGGUCAAAUAGCUGUUACACAGCCUGGAGGUGUGCUGUGCCAUUGUCCCGUUGAAAAGCAAAAAUAGUCCCACUAAGCACAAACGAACGCUGUGGUAGCCAUGCUGGUUAAGUGUGCCUUGAAUUCUAAAUAUAUCAUUGACGGUGUCACCAGCAAAUCCCACACCACCUCCUCCAUGCUUCUCGGUGGGAACCACACAUGCGGAGCUCAUCAGUUCACCUACUCUGCGUCUCACAAAGACACGGCGGUUGGAACUAAACAUCUCACAUUUGGACUCAUCAGACCAAAGGACAGAUUUCCACCGGUCUAAUUACUCGUGUUUCUUGGCCCAAGCAAGUUUCUUGUUAUUGGUGUCCUUUAGUAGUGGUUUCUUUGCAGAAAUUCGACCAUGAAGGCCUGAUUCACGCAGUCUUAUCUGAAGAGUUGAUGUUGAGAUGUCUGUUACUUGAACUCUGAAGCAUUUGGGCUGCAAUUUCUGAGACUGGUCACUCUAAUGAACUUAUCCUCUGCAGCAGAGGUAACUAUGGGUCUUCCUUUCCUCUGGCGGUCCUUUCAUCAUAGCGCUUGAUGGUUUUUGCAAUUGCACUUGAAGAAACUUUCAAAGUUCUUACAUUUUCCAGAUUGAUCUUCAUGUCUUAAAGUAAUGAUGGACUGUCGUUUCUCUUUGUUUAUUUAAGCUGUUCUUGCCAAAAUAUGGACUUGGUCUUUUACCAAUUAGGGCUAUCUUCUGUAUACCACUGUCACAACACAACACAUUAAGAAGGAAAGAAAUGCCACAAAUUAACUUUUAACAAGGCACACCUAUUAAUUGAAAUGCAUUCCAGGUGACUACCUCAUGAAGCUGGUUGAGAGUGCCAAGAGUGUGCAAAGCUGUUAUCAAGGCAAAGGGAGACUACUUUGAGAAUCUCAAAUCUCAAAUAUAUUUUGAUUUGUUUAACACUUUUUUGCUUACUACAUGAUUCCAUAUGUGUUAUUUCAUAGUUGUGAUGUCGUCACUAUAGUUCUACAAUGUAGAAAAUAGUACAAAUAAAGAAAAACCCUUGAAUGAGUUGGGUUCCCAAACUUUUAACUGGUGCUUUAUAUGUAGAUUUAUUCACUUCAUUCAUUCAUUGAGUACAGUACCUUUCGGUCAGUUUCUCCCAGUUGACACACAACAAUUAUUUUUGCCCAACAAUGUAGAAACGUAGCAGAAACGUUGCGAGAAUGUUGUGUGUCACUUGGGGGAUUGUCUCUUCCUCUCUUGACAAAGUAAUUGCAUGUCCGUGGUUGGGUAAACCUGUGUAGUCCUGUCUUUCGGUGAAGUGGAAAAUAGCUUUUUUGAAGUCUGCAUUCAUGGCAAUUACAGUUGAUAUUUCAUUCCAUGUCUUACCGCUAUCUUCACAACACCUCUAAUUCAAACCAAGUAAAAUAAAAAUGUAAGCAUUCAAAUGAUAUGUACUUGUAUAAAUGGUGCAGCAGUAAUAAAAUUGAAGAAAUUGAUUGAAA